GCACUGCAGGUUUUGCUGCAGCACUUCCUGAAGUACGAAAUAAUCAGCAGUGCAUUUUUUUAAUCGACAUUGAGGUGUAUGCUGUGGGAGCAGAGGACGCAGGAUGGAGGCCGUGUACACCCAGGGCAUCUGGAUGGCUGAGAGUCUCCAGCAGAAGACGAUAAAUCACGAGAAGACCUGGCAGGUCGUCACUCACAUGGGAGACCCUAAAGCAGCCUUCCUGCUCGUCUUUCCUUUCACAUAUUUCAUCAGCAAACGAGCCGGAGUCAAAGUGCUCUGGGUGGCAGCUAUAUCAGAGUGGUUGAACCUGGUGUUUAAAUGGAUGCUGUUUGGUGAGAGGCCGUUCUGGUGGAUAGGUGAAUCCCGUCUGUUUGUCAACAAGCAGCCCAAAGUUCAGCAGUUUUCCUCCACGUGUGAAACCGGCCCAGGGAGUCCGUCGGGACAUGCGAUGGUGACGGCAGCAGUCUGGUGGAUCGUGGUGUCUUCGCUGGGGUCGUUCCUGUACUCACGCACUCGCAGUGUGUUGUUAUCAGCUGUUCCUUACCUGCUCUAUGUGGUGAUGCUGGCGGCGGUUGGAAUCUCCAGGAUCUUCAUCCUCGCCCACUUCCCUCACCAGGUCGUCGCUGGCUCCAUUACAGGUUUCAUUCUGGGGAUUGUUCUGGGCCGCAGAGUCCCAGAAGGUCGCCCCCUGCUGUUCUUCUUCUGCCUCAGCAUCGGUCUGCUGUUCGGCACCCUGAUGCUGCACGCCGGACUGCAGCAGCUGGGAAUCAACCUCUCCUGGUCGAUUGCUUUGGCUAAGAAGUGGUGCAGCCAUGCUGAGUGGAUUCGUUUGGACACUGCUCCGUUCUCCUCUCUGACGCGGGACUGCGGGGCCCUUCUGGGUUUGGGCCUGGCUCAGUACUGGAAGCCUGGCGGAUGGUCUCUGCCGUGGGCUCCUCGGGCUCUGUCUCUGGCCUUUUCAUCCAUGGGACUGUAUCACGUCCAUCGUCUGCCGCUCCCGGUCCGACCUCAAGGCCUCUUCUACGGCCUGUUCUUCGUCAAGUUCGUCAUAGUGCCUCAGGUGGUCAUGGUGCUGGUGCCGGGGCUGGUUCACCUGUUCACACACAAAAAGAAGAAGGCCUAGACACUGUCUACGCUCCAUGUUUGGGGGUAUCCGUCACACCUUCAAGGACUUUAGCUUCCUCUUGGGUUUCUGUAAGCACUUUAAAUGUCUGUCUUAUAUUGUUCAUGGGUGAGGGUCGUAGUUCAUUCACUUUGAUUAUUUUCUUGUUCUCUUACAUUUCAGCUGGCAGCGGUCUCUAGUCAGUUACUUAAUGUUUUUUUAUGAGAUUUCCUGGUUUUUCAGUGAGGAGAUUGUAUCAGAUUGUUCAUUUACUGCACAUUUACAGUAAAUCUAUACACGGCAGUAAUAAUAAGUGUUAAUACUACAGUAUUUUUGGAAUAUCUCGCUUUUUUGGUGGUAAAAUGUGCAGGUUUGAGGUACUGUACAUAAAAAAUAUGAUACAUGACUUGAAAACCUUGUUUGGCAGGGUCUAGCUUGUGAAUGUUACCAUUUAAGACUGGAUAAAACAUGCCAUCAAUCGUUUGUGCUCAGUGUAUUACCGAUAUGUCAGCCUUUAGACCUUCAUCAGGUAAAAGAUUGGAUAAAUCAGAUGAAAAAAGAUCAACUUAAUGAAGGUUUGAGGACCAAAACAUUGUUCUCAAAGUGAGUACAAAGACAGUCAAGAGCUUUUGAUCCUAUGUACUGAUCAUUAAGACAUUCUGGUCUGCGAGAACGUCAUCAAGAAAGGUCAGAAGAGUCCUAAACGGAUUUAGCUUUGCACUCCUGUAACGGUGAACAGUUAAAAGUACUGAUGCAACAGAACCAGAGGUAUUGCCUUUUUUUAUUCUGCAUUCUUCCUUGUAAAAGCCUGGGGCCUACGUCACCCACAAAGCAACUCAACUACCAACAGUUGGUUUGGAGAUUCAGUCUGUAAACGCUGCCCUACAAAGGUAAUCGCAGCAUCUACAAAGUCAGUCAAACCUGAGUUCUGACUGAAAUGAAACCUUUGAAUAUCUGUUCUAUGUUGUGACAAUAUUUCUAAGCUGAAUCUAGUUCUGUUCUUGAGAGAAUAGGGUGUGAAAAUUAACCACAAAAUCCAACUCAAACCCAAAGCAAACCACAGUAAAUGUGGUUACUGCGCUCCGCCUUGGGAUUCAUUUUAAGCAUAUCGGUGAAGAUUUUCAGUCAUCCAGGUCAUGGUAAUCAUAAGUGCUAUAUCGUAGGCAACUGGACUUGCUUGAGUUUCUUGAAGACGUUUCGCCUCUCUAAGAACUAGGGUUGUCAUGAGAACCGAUACUUCAGUAUCAAGUCGAUGCCAACAUGCAGAAAAUACGUCUGUACUUUUUUUUUCCAGUACCGUAAGUACCGGAUACAACUUUGCCCUCAGUGGGCCGUGUCGAUUCCUGUCGGAACUGACGGGGGCAAUAUACGCGCGUCAGUCUGUGCCGAGGACGAGCGCCGAAGAAGAACACCUGUUCUCCAUCGUCUUUGCUAGAAACAAUGGCUUUAACAAGUGCUGCUGGAGCCACAGCACCUCGGCUUGUCGCAAAGUCAGGUAGUAGGAGUCGUGUGUGGAGAGGGUUAAAGUUAAAGUUCGAAACAGUUUUAAUAAAGUAGUGAAUUUAGAAAUACAUGAGUUCUGUUUUUUGAUUUUUAUCAUGGUAUAGAAUGAGAAUUGAGAAUCGUGGAAAUUCACUGGUAUUGAUAUUGACUACUGAAAUUCUGGUAUCGUGACAAGCCUACUAAUAACUGAUUAAACCUGUUGGAUGAGAGGCGAAAUGUCUUUAAGAGACUCAAGUCCAGUUGUCUAUGAUAUAGUACUUAAGAUUGCACUAAGAGUAUUACAGCAAUUUGUGAACGUCAGAAUGAUGCCAACGACAAAGUAACUGAUAACGUGACAAUGACCAGUCGAUAGUGGAUCAGUGAUAAAGAUGAUGUUGUCAAGGAAUCUCAAUAAAGGUCAAACCUGAUGAAGUGAAAAUUAAAUCAAAAUAAUACCUGAGGGUUACUUAAAAUAUUCUGUCACUAUUUGAAACAGACAUCUAUAAAAGAAACAAAUAUGGAUUGAAUGUAGUAAGAAAUGAAAAAAGUUUUUCCUCACACUGAAAUAAAUAAAUCACUAGUUGUAGUUACUGCACUCUGUCUUUGGAUUGCCUAUACGGCUUUUUAAGGUCAUACAAAGGCAGAGUUUUUGGCAUAAAAAUCACGAUUCUACCUUUAACACACAAGAAACUUUGAAGCCCUUCGUCUCACUGUGGUUGCCUUUGUAGGGCAGAACAGACUCUGAUGUGUAAAACUGGUGAAGUUCACCUUUUAAACUACUCAGCAUAAACAUAAAGUAACAUUGUGAGUAAAAUUCAACCAUUAAAAAUUGAGCAUUUCCAGGAAUGAGCACCAUGUUUUGGACAAACUUGUGCUCAGACUUUGGUUCAAAGGCCAACAGAUGUAUGACGAUGUAAAAUACAUGAGGGUAUACUAUGCAGGAGUUGUUGGCUAAACAGCAUCAACAGCAACAGUGAAAGGCAACUUCAGUUUUGUGCAGUUGGUGUUUGGCCUUGCAAUUUCCGCAGCUUCCUCUUAGAUGCCUGGUGCUUACAGUCUGGUCGCUAAGUCCCGACCCUACCUUUGUGCUGCCCAGGAACGCCCUGAACACAACAAAGAAGAAAAUAUAGAAAGCAAUCUGGUCUCACUCCCAACUUGUCAAAUACUGAUGCUGAACGGUAGCCUUCGGUGUCAGAUACCGACGCAGCGAGGCACCCUUUAGUGGUGUUAAGAAAUGCAUCAGGUAGCUGCAUUUUUUGAUGCUCAGAGCAACUGCUGUAGUAUGAAGAGCAAGAAAGUCCAAAUAGGGUGAGCAGGAACUCUGGACUUUCACCCAUGAGACUGUUGUGUCCAACAUGAAACCAAACCUUUUGGUUUCAUGUUGAACAAGAGGGUUCCUGGUUCGAACCCAGGGUGUGGGAGCCCUUCUGUGUGGAGUUUGCAUGUUCCCCCCAUGUCAGCGUGGGUUUCCUCCAGGUGCUCCAGCUUCCUCCCACAGUCCAAAGACAUGCAGGUUAAUUGGUGACUCUAAAUUGUCCAUAGGUGUGAAUGUGAGUGUGAAUGGUUGUCUGUCUCUAUGUGUCAGCCCUGUGAUAGUCUGGUGACCUGUCCAGGGUGAACCCUGCCUCUCGCUCAGUGUCAGUAGGGAUAGGCUCCAGCCCUCCAUGACCCCUAAUAGGAUAAGUGGUUACGGAAAAUGAGCAAACUAACUAUGCUAGUGACAUAUGUGACAUUACUUUACUUAAAAAAAUCCAUGUUAUUUUAAGACAAGCCAUUUCUUUUCUAAACCUAACCACGUACUUUUUGUUGACUUUUAAACCUAAAAAACCCAAAAGUUUUUUACCUACACGCCAAGUUUAGCUUGAAAGGACAGAAUGCAUUUAACAAGCGUGAACCGACACUCUGUCCCUGAGCAUCCAAAACUGUUGCUGUAUGUGUAACUGGAGCGUCAUAGUUUGAUGCCAAGGGCAACUGACCAAGUGUCGGUAUUUGACGAGUUGGGAGUCACGAUGUGCUGGAAAACACGGGCAGUGUCUCUGCAGAUAAAGGCAUCACCACACACUUGUAGUUAGUCAUAAGUGAUGAUUGAGACGGAUGACAUUGUUUGAUAAAAUCCCGCAUAGUAUUUCUCUAACGAUAUCAUGAAAUCCGAUGCAACAACACCUUUGAUUUAAACAUUAAUAGCUUUAAAAAUGCAGUGUAUUCUGGAGUUGUAUUGAAUUGCAUCAUGUUGCACAGAAGCUUGUCGACACACUGGAGUUAUAUGUUUGUUUUGUGGACCAAAAUCAUCCAAAAUAAGAAAAUGACGUGUGUAUGUUAGAUCCAAAUAAUCAUUAAAAUAAAUGACUGACAU